CCCUGCAUCAUGGCGCUGCGAGCCGCGUGGAGCGUGCGGGCAGCCGUCCGCUGCCUGCACGCCACGCGCGUCCGGGCCUGGGCCCCGCGGGCGGGUGCCGCGCGGACCCUGGGCGCUGGCGGGGCGCUGCGGGCCGUGCGAAAGUUCACAGACAAACAUGAAUGGAUCACAACGGAAAACGGUAUCGGAACAGUGGGAAUCAGCAAUUUUGCACAGGAAGCUUUGGGAGACGUCGUUUACUGUAGCCUGCCUGAAGUCGGGACGAAGCUCAACAAGCAAGAUGAGUUUGGUGCUUUGGAAAGCGUGAAAGCUGCUAGUGAACUCUAUUUGCCUUUAUCAGGAGAAGUAACUGAAAUUAAUGAAGCUCUUGCAGAAAAUCCAGGACUUGUCAAUAAGUCUUGUUAUGAAGAUGGUUGGCUGAUCAAGAUGACACUGAGUAACCCUUCAGAACUAGCUGAACUGAUGAGUGAAGAAGCGUAUGAGAAAUACAUGAAAUCUAUUGAGGAGUGAA